CAUCUCCUUCUCUCUCUCUCUCUAUCUCACCCAUAAUUUUAAUUUCACAUCGAAAAAUUAAAAGAAAAAAAAAAGAAACUAAAAGAAAAUCACCAAAGAAAAACCUCGUUGCUACUCCUUCUCUUCGCCGUCACUGUCUCCUCCUCUCUAUCUUCUCGCCUUGAUUUUUCACUCAACAUCCUCUUCUGAUCUCUAACGCGACUUGGAUUGACCACGUCGAUAUGCAUGUUCAUGACUAGUCUCUUCUCCAAUUCACGUCGAUUCCUCCUCCGAUUCGUCUCUCUUUAGCUCCGUUAGGGUUUCGAGAUUUCCGAUUUGAAUUUGGAAAAAAAAGUUUAGUGGGUGGAAGAAAGUUUCUGUCUUUAGGAUGUUUGAAGUCAAAAUGGGGUCAAAGAUGUGCAUGAACGCGUCUUGUGGCUCGACCUCUAGUGCUGAAUGGAAGAAAGGUUGGCCUCUUCGAUCUGGUGCUCUCGCUGACCUCUGCUUUCGUUGCGGAUCUGCUUAUGAGACGUCUCGUUUCUGUGAAACAUUCCAUAUGGAGCAAUCUGGUUGGAGGGAAUGCUAUUUAUGCAACAAGAGACUUCAUUGUGGAUGCAUUGCCUCUAAGCUCAUUGUUGAGUUUAUGGACUAUGGUGGUGUUGGUUGUUCUACCUGUACUAACUCCCAUAAUAAGAGAGAGAAUUCAAGUGUGUUUAGCAGAUUGCCUAUGAAUAUUCAACAAACAAAUGGGGAAAAUGGAAUGAGUAAUGAGGGAAUAGUAAGAAGUGAAGCUGAUCUCUUUUCUCAGCCAUUAGUCUCUGGGGAUGACAAAAGAGAAGAGUUCAUGCCUCACCGUGGGUUUGGUAAUCUUAUAAAACCGGAAAACAAUAUCACCACCACUGGUUAUCGGCUGGACGCUGGGGAAUUGAAUAAAUCAUCAUCAUCACCAUCUCCUUCACAGCCUUCUUUGAAUAUGGCUUUGGCAACACUUCCUUAUAGCCCAUCUUUUGCGACCCCUGUAGUAGACGGGAAGAAACUCAUGGGUGGUGGUGCUUCUUCUCAGUCCCACCUUUUCCAAUGCUCUGCCUCCAGUGUACUGCAAAAGCCUUCAAAACCUGUUUUUGGAACUCCUCCUGGGACUAGUAAGUCUGCUCAGGCUCGAAUCGGGAGGCCUCCCGUUGAAGGACGUGGGAAAGGCCAUUUACUUCCUCGGUAUUGGCCUAAAUAUACUGAUAAAGAGCUUCAGCAGAUCUCUGGGAAUUUGAAUAUGAACAUUGUACCUCUUUUUGAGAAAACUCUUAGUGCCAGUGAUGCCGGUCGCAUUGGUCGUCUAGUUCUUCCAAAAGCCUGUGCAGAGGCAUACUUUCCUCCCAUUAGUCAGUCAGAAGGCAUUCCUUUGAAAGUUCAAGAUGUGAGGGGUAAGGAGUGGACCUUCCAGUUCAGAUUCUGGCCCAAUAACAACAGUAGAAUGUAUGUCUUAGAAGGUGUCACUCCCUGCAUACAGUCCAUGAGGCUACAAGCUGGUGACACAGUAACUUUCAGUAGGGUUGAUCCUGGUGGGAAGCUGAUCAUGGGUGCCAGGAAGGCAACUUAUACUGUAGACAUGCAGGGGUGUGGUUUUACCAACGGUGCCUCAAACGAGGACACGUCAUCGUCUGGUGUUACAGAGAACCCAACCUCCAUAAAUGCUUCCUCGUGUCCGUCACAAAUACUGGAAGAACUGAAAGCUCUGCCUGAGCAUUUGAGUUCACCUCAUGGUGGUAAUGGCUUGAAGAAGAGUGAGGUUAAUGGAGGCAGGAUUUGUGAUGAUCCGUCACGUGUUAAGGAAAAGAAGAGGACAAGAACCCUCGGUGCUAAAAACAAGAGACUGCUUUUGCACAGUGAAGAAUCUAUGGAGCUGAGACUCACAUGGGAAGAAGCUCAAGACUUGCUUCGUCCCUCUCCUAAUGCAAAGCCUACCGUUGUCGUCAUUGAGGAGCAUGAGUUUGAGGAAUUUGACGAACCUCCUGUCUUUGGAAAGAGGACGAUUAUUACUACAAGACCUUCAGGUGAACAAGAACGAUGGGGAUCUUGCGACGACUGCUCUAAAUGGAGAAGGCUACCUAUAGACGCUCUUCUCCCAGCAAAGUGGUCAUGUUCAGACAAUGUUUGGGACAGUAGCAGAUGUUCGUGUUCUGCACCGGAGGAGAAUCUAAAAGAACUUGAGAAUGUUCUUAGAGCUGGAAAAGAGUACAAGAAGAGAAGAAUUGGGGUAAGCCAGACAGCUAAAAAUGAGCAAGAACCAUCGGGUCUGGAUGCACUAGCGAGUGCAGCAGUUUUAGGAGACACUUUAGACGACCCAGAGGUUGCAACCACGACGAGACAUCCAAGGCACAGGGUUGGGUGCUCAUGCAUUGUGUGCAUUCAGCCGCCAAGUGGGAAAGGUAGACACAAGCCCACGUGUGCGUGUACAGUUUGCAGCACCGUGAAGAGGAGGUUCAAAACGCUGAUGAUGAGGAGAAAGAAGAAGCAGUUAGAGCGCGAUGGAGCAGCAGCAGAUGGGGAGAAUAAGGAAGGAGUCGAGCCUGAUAAGAAUGAAGGAGAGAAGGAAGGGAAAACAGGGAGGAUAGAUCUGAACAGUGAUCCUUAUAACAGAGAAGACGUUGAAGCUGUGACGGUGGAGAAACAAGACGAGAGUAAAAAAAGUGAAGAAGGGCUGUGUUGCGGUGUGGCUCAAGGCGGUAAUGUUUUAGGUGAAACGGAGUUGGGAGGAGGAGAGGCUGAGAAAAUCAGUGAAGAGACGAAAGUUGCAAGCUAGGCAAAAAGAGAAGCUAAACAUGUAGCUGCUUUGUAUUCGUAUAUGUUCUCUAAAGAAGACACAAAGAGGAGAAGAAGAGAGGGAGAGAGAGAGGUACAGUUUUGUGUUUGAUUAUGUCAUUAGUUUUAGGCAGGAAUAAGCUUCUGGUCCAAAAGAACAAGAAUGACAAUCUUCUUCUUUUGUGUUUUGGUUUUGUUUCUUUUGGCUUUUUAUGGUAUGUGGUGAGUUUGAGGGGAUGGUUUUAGUGUUUCGGUGUUUGGUGAUGAAACAGUUGAAUUUUUUGUUGUUUUCAUCCUCACAUGAGAAGCAUUAAGUAGGUUAUUAAGAUUCUUCUUCCUUCUUCUUGUUUCAUUUUACGUAUACAUAUUACCUGCUUUAGCUUUACAAAUGUGUAUUGAAAGGUCUUUUCAGCCAGCAUCUAAGAGAAAAUAC